CAAAAAUAAAGAUCGCAAGAUAAAAAUAAAGCCUUGAGCAAAAAAAAAAUGUUUUGCAAACAGAAAUAAAGAAUUGCAAAAAAUAAAUGACAGUUGUAAAAGAAGCUAAUGAACUGUGAUUCUAUUUUAUCUCUGCAACACAUAUUUUUCAUGCUCACUCCUACUAAUUCAUUUGCAAAGCUCCAUUUAUUUUGCGUUUCAGUCAAGCGUGAGCUCGCAAUACCGUUUUCCCUUUGCGCUUCACUUUUCUGUGCGUUUCACUUCAUGGCACUGUUUUGACGUGGGGGUGGAGUCAAGAAGCCCCCCGCGAAGCUACGUCAUUAUCUGGAGACGUACGUCAUUAUCUGGAGAUUCGCAAUUCGAAAGUCAACAUGGCAGAGCGCAGGCCCGCGGGUGGAUUCCAGGUAUGUAAAGUUGAUUGUUUCCUUUUAUUUCACUGUCAUUAAAAUGUGUGCUGUUUUGUAAACUACAUGUGAUUAUUAUUAACAUCGUUUGCCAAAGUUUAAGAAGUUAGAGAUCAUUUACUCGCGCACGUGAAUGUGUUGGAAAAAGUUAGCAUCUGCUAGUUAGUACGGUUUUAUACUGUUAAUGGAUUGUCAUUUACUUUAAUUGAUUACGAUAUUCUUAUACUACAAUGUACGUAAAAUGUUAUAUUGUGUCUCUUCAAGCAGACUGUAAAUGGAUAAAAAAAGUAAACUGAUUUCAAAUGCAUACCUUUUUUCAUAAUUAGCGUUUAGACAGCUGUCAAGUUUAUGCCCACUGUUAAUGUACGAUGAUUUUGGUAAUCCAAUAUAAUUAUUUUGCCAUUAAACGUUUAGCAGAGAGAGAACCAAGAUGUUACUGCAGCAGCACAAAAUUUAAUUAACAUUCUGACACAAAGCCUGGGUCAGAUACAGCCAGGUCAGGGUCAGCAGCAGCCUUCUCCUGCUUUUAAUCAACCAGCUCAGGAUCAGCAGCAGCAGCAGCAACAGCCUUCACCUGCUGUUUGUUCAUCAAGAAUAGAUCAAGAUAUGACCAGGUUAUCAGCACCCUCACCUAAUGAUUAAACUGUUCUAUCUGUCUUUCUUUUGCACGUUUAACAUUAAUUAACACUCUUAUUGUAUUAUAUAGCAUUUCCUGGAAUGUUUAAGAAGAAACAGAAAACUGCAAACACACCAAUACAAUCUAAAGCAACAGCAUGGAAGCCAUUUACAAUUAAUAUUUGUCUUUUAAACAAAAUCACUGAAACCUCACCCUCUCCUUCCGAUAAACUGGAGUUACUCCAGGCAGGACUGGGAAAACGUACCAUCACAGUUUCGUCGAACAUGAACCAUUCUGAAUUAUGCAAGCUACUUGAAGCUGAAUUUCCCAAAAUGAGAUCACUCACUGGAGGGUGGCUGCUAUAUAAGGCACCAGGUGGCAGUGGAAGGAGAAGACUUACUGUUGUCCCUCCAGACUCAGAGGGCUACACUGGCAGCCUUAUCAAAAUGGCAACAACCAGUGGAAAAACAGCACUCUACAUGGUCCCUCUUCAAGAUGAGUUGUGUCUUGAUCCACUUCCAUUCUCAGCAGAGGAGUUUGUCAAGAUGCCAAAGGUGGAGUGUCGGACAUGUCAAACAACCAUGCCAUUACCAGUUUUAUACAUGCAUGUCAAGUCCUGUGGUGGCACACAAUCAGCUGAUGAUAAUGAGAUUACUGGUGCUGAUAAUGAUGAUGAUGAUGAAGUAAAAAUUGUUGCUGUGACAGCCAGUACUGAGACCACUGCCACCCCAAACCCUACUUUUAGCCCUACACCCACCACUCCUCUGCAAACCUGUUCUCCUGCACCCACCACAAGUUAUGAGGAAGAAGGACAGUGUCCCAUAUGUUUAGAAAUAUUUACUCAAAGACAGUUGCUCAUCCAUGCAAGUAUAUGUGGCGAUAGUGUAUUACAGUCAUUUGAUGGGAGUAGUCCAACAUCUGGCUCACCUGAACACCACAACCAAAGCCCAGACAUCCAGUGUCCAGAUGAUGUACUGAAGUUGUUGGCAAGUAGGGUGGAUAACAGCAAAGAUUUCAAGAUCUGUGUGUCUCGCACAGACUUCUUUCAAAGAGCACUGGUACAGUGGCAGCGGCAAAAGAAGGGGACCCCUGGCAACACUUUGCGUGUAACAUUUUUGGGGAAAGCAGGUGUUGAUUCAGGUGCCAUUAGAAAGGAAUUUCUUACAGAUUUGAUUGGUGAGAUUGAGAAACGCCUCUUUGAGCAUCAAGAGUGGAGUGGAAAGAGCCCCAUCUACUCCUUAAGUGAUCUGGAAAAGGGAUAUUUCAGGACUGCAGGAGAAGUUUUUUCAGUUAGCCUUGCUCAGGGUGGACCAGCCCCCCGUUUCUUGAGACAGUGGUGCUUUGAUUAUCCCUCAGCAGGAGAUCUGGAUGAAGCGAAUCUCACUAAAGAUGAUGUGGAUGAUGCUGAACUUUUUGAAUUGAUUCAAAAGGUGGAAGAAGAGACUGAUCUUUCUGCUUGGACCAAUGAUAUCAUUAGUUGUGGUUAUACUGGCCUGAUUAAACCAGACAACAAAGAGGCUAUAAUAAGAUCUAUUGUACUGCAUGCAACCCUGCGUUUGAUCCCUUUGCUGAAGCAACUCAGAAAAGGUCUUCAAGUGUACAAUUUUGUGGACAUUCUGAAAGACCAUUGUGGACUGUGUGAACAUUUCUUCGUCCCCACUGCAGUUGAUGAUGACAAUGAGAUGAUAUCCCUGACGGAGACACCCUGCCCUUAACUGUCCCCCGUGUAAUGCAAUGGCUUACUGGCCAGGGACACAAGCCACUUCUCAUGUCAGAGCAUCAAGAAUUCAAAAUUGCUUUGCAUUUUGAUCAUGAUUGUCAUCAGAGGAUGCCUGCACACCGAAUCUGCUACCCAGUUGUAAGUGCCUGUGCCAGAAAAAUUACUUUUCCUGUAGCACACAUGGACAACUACAGUUCAUUCAAGGAAGUCAUGCUUCAGGCUAUCAACUCUGAUUUUGGAUUUAACAGAGUGUAAAUUUGAGAGUAGCAUAAAAUGCUGUAUUAAAUGUAGUUGCAUUGCUCCAUGUUCAGGGCAUAGAAUACUGCUAUAUGGUAUUACAUGUUCUUAUUGUAAUUCUAACACCAGAAAAUAACAGGCAAAGUGUUUUUUGUUAAUCAAAUUUCAUUUGUUUACUUUUUAUUCUGAUUCCAUAGAAAAUACAUGCUCUGUAUAUACAGUGAUUUUAGAAUCUUGCAAUUAAUAGUUAAAUAUAACUGUUAAUACUUUUGUUUACUGUAGGAAGAAAACCUUCAAAACAAUAACUAUUUUUAGUUUAUCAAAAGUUUCAUUUUGUACUACAUCUAGUUUUGUUCUGAAUAUGUUGGGAAUACAUUGUAAACAUUUCACUCAUUUAAGAAUGAAGGAUCACAAAAUGUAAUGCUGCUAAAUAUUUUUCCCUGCCAAAGUUUUGAGAUUGUGAGGCUGGGUCAACAACAGCUUGCAGCUGGGCAUUCAGUUCCUCAGUUAAUGUGUAAUCUACUGGAGGAACUACAAUUCCUAUAGAUGGCUGGUCAGGGAUUCUGGUCAUGUCCCAGUCAGAGUCUUCAUCUUGAGAAUUCUGUGAAAAAUAAAAAAAGUUACAGUUUA